CACGCCAUACACAUCCACCAACUACACUCUUUCGCUACUCCGAGAGACCACGCGGUUGCCUUCAAAUCCGGACGGAACCAAUCGAUCUCGUCAGUUUUAAGCCCUUUCAUCUAAAAUUUCGGAUCCCCAAAAAGUCGGUGGUCUAGUGAGUGCGCGGUCGUGUGUCAAAAGUCAAAAACCACCCCCAAGCAUCCCAUAAAGGACUCUUGAGUGCCCCGAAAAGCAAAAGUCUAAAAUACAAAGUAUAGAAAGUUUCAAUGGUUUAGAAGUAUUUCUAUUCCUUUGUUAUGUUGCUGUUCACGAAUUUAAGCCUGGGACCAAGGCCAGAGUGAUUCCUAACUAUUUCGAUAAAAAGAACCGUAUUUCCAUCAAGUGUCGGGGUUUCCUUGCGGUAAAGUUGGAAUGAUUGACAAGCGAGUGGAGGAUUGGUGUGUGCAGGCAAUGACUGUUCAAGAGUUUAAACCUCGGAGUAAUGCUGGGGACCAGCAGCAACCCUCUGGCGACAUACUCUCGCCAGAAGUCCUGGAAAAUGAAAUAGAGUCGUCGCAGGGCUACCGGAUCGCUGAUCAACAACAGGACAGUGAAAACCUCCUUGGACGAGUCUUAGCAGAAUUCGACGGUACCACGGUACUGUGCCGGGUUUGCGGCGACAAGGCUUCAGGUUUUCAUUAUGGAGUCCAUUCCUGUGAAGGAUGCAAGGGCUUUUUCCGCCGGAGCAUCCAACAAAAAAUACAGUACAGACCCUGUACCAAGAACCAGCAGUGCAGCAUCCUUCGAAUCAACAGAAAUCGCUGCCAGUACUGCCGUCUCAAAAAGUGCAUCGCAGUCGGCAUGAGUCGAGAUGCGGUCCGAUUCGGGCGCGUGCCCAAAAGAGAGAAGGCAAGGAUCCUGGCUGCUAUGCAGCAGAGCUCGCACAGCCGUUCUCAGGAGAAGGCAGUUGCUGCCGAAUUGGAGGAUGAACAGCGUCUUCUACAAACAGUAGUUCGUGCCCAUUUGGAGACAUGUGACUUUACGAGGGACAAAGUUGCUCCAGUCCUCGCCAGAGCAAGAGAGACUCCAAACUACACCGCAUGUCCACCAACCUUGGCAUGUCCUCUGAAUCCUAACCCUCAGCCGUUGACCGGCCAACAAGAACUUCUUCAGGACUUUUCCAAGAGGUUCUCCCCAGCGAUACGAGGUGUAGUCGAGUUUGCAAAAAGGAUUCCUGGUUUUGGUCUGUUGGCUCAAGACGACCAGGUCACUUUACUCAAGGCCGGUGUCUUUGAAGUUCUCCUGGUCAGGCUGGCCUGCAUGUUCGAUGCUCAAACAAACAGCAUGAUCUGUCUGAAUGGGCAAGUGCUCAAGCGGGAGUCCAUCCACAACAGUAGUAAUGCAAGAUUCCUUAUGGACUCUAUGUUCGACUUUGCGGAGAGAGUAAAUUCCCUCAGACUGUCGGACGCCGAGCUGGGUCUCUUCUGUUCAGUAGUAGUGAUUGCAGCAGACAGGCCAGGUCUGAGAAACACUGAACUGGUUGAGCGCAUGCACAGCAAACUCCGCAGCGCUCUUCAGACCGUACUGGCUCAAAACCAUCCUCAGCAUCCAGACAUUCUAAGAGAACUCCUGAAGAAAAUCCCUGAUCUCAGAACUCUGAACACGCUACAUUCGGAGAAACUCCUUGCUUUCAAAAUGACUGAACAACAGCAGCAGCUUCAGGCUCAACAGCAACAGGCUCAACACGCUACCUCCAUGCAGCAACAACACUGGCCCAUGGAAGAAGAACCAAUCAUGUCCUGGGGGUCCAGUUGCGAUGUGGCAUUGGACGAAGCAGUCAAGAGUCCUCUGGGAAGUGUUUCGAGUACGGAAAGCAUGUGCAGUGGGGAAGUGGCAGCUUUGACGGAGUACCAUCAUGUGUCUGCCUCCAGCGGGCAUCACGCGUCAAGUGCACCCCUGCUCGCUGCCACCCUUGCUGGUGGUUUGUGUCCUCACCGCAGACGAGCAAAUUCGGGUAGCACGAGUUCAGGCGACGACGAUCUCCAUCGCGCAUCACUCGCCAAGACGCCUCAACCACCUCAGUGUCCGCGAUUCCGAAAACUGGAUUCCCCCAGUGAUAGUGGAAUUGAGUCAGGAACCGAGAAAGCAGACAAGCCAGCCAGCAGCAGUGCAAGCAGUGCACCAACCUCUGUUUGUUCGAGUCCGAGAUCCGAAGACAAGGAAGUCGAAGAUAUGCCCGUCUUAAAACGAGUGCUUCAGGCACCACCUCUCUAUGAUACCAAUUCGCUGAUGGAUGAGGCCUACAAGCCUCACAAAAAGUUUCGAGCGCUCAGACAGAAAGAUAGCGCGGAAGCCGAGCCAGCCGUCGUCCAGCACACUCAGUCCCAGCUUCAUCUUCAUCUGACCUCAGCAUCAACGCGAAGUUCAUCGUCUCACAUGCAUUCGCACUGUCCGCAAACGGCGAGUUUGCUGAGCAGCACUCAUUCCACCUUAGCCAAAAGUCUCAUGGAAGGCCCAAGAAUGACUGCUGAACAGAUGAAGCGAACAGACAUCAUUCACAACUACAUCAUGCGUGGUGAUGCCAGUCCAAGAUCACCAACGACAUCACCAUCGCCGGCGGAGCAGUGUGCCUCGACGACGACCAUCACGCGCAGUCCGCAUGGAUCUCAGGGACUUUUGCAGUGUGCAACCUCUGGUUACUCCUCGUCGAGGUGGCCCACUACUUCGGUCAUCACGACGACGACGGGUGCUCGGCAGCAACACCAUCAGCACCAUCAUCAGCACUCGUCAGACUACCUCGUUGUUGGGAACUCGUCGCCCAGGUACCUUUCCGCUGUGGCGACGAGUAGUACGAGCACGAGUCCCAGACCUACCUCGAGUACAGCAGCAACGCUAGUGCUCUCUGGAUGUCCGAGCAACAUGAUGGAACUCCAGGUCGACAUUGCCGACAGUCAGCAGCCUUUGAACCUGUCAAAGAAAUCCCCGUCUCCAUCUCCAAGGCCUCUGGUUGGAACCUGCAAGGCCCUUUCCCUCGAGGCGUAGUGCUUUUUACGAGUGGCGAGAUCUCGCGACUUGAACCCACCUCAUGUAGCGAGUGCGUCGACCCAUUGUCAAUAUUCCUCCGGGACGUCGCCCGCGACUCCAAAAAAGUGCCAGGACGCUUCGAGCGCGUGACAAACCAAAUAAUUUAUUGUCUAAAAGUAUCGAGAGCAGAAGGAGGUGGGAAGCCGGAGGAGUGUUGAAAAAAGUUAUCUCUUUCAUCUGUGACAAAAAAUUGAGAUUCCAAGUGCGAGUGCCACUGCUGAUACGAACGCUUGUUUUAAAAGUGCCGCCUAGAGUCAGUGCAGCGCGAAAUAAAAUAAACCUGCUCCUCGGUCUCUCCACCUGCCUCGACGACUACUUGCUAGCCUACCUACUUUUGUCAUAGGUAAAGUUAGAGGAUAGCUUGCAGCGCUCGUAACGUAAAAAAAUUAGAGUGAACGUUACAGAAAUUAAUAAUCUAUUACAUGUGAUAAUCAUGAAAUCGCGCAUUCUGUACAGUCUCCACCUCAUUCAUCAAUCAUCUACUCUACUAUAAUUACUGAAUAUUAUAAAGUAAUUAAUAUUAUUGUGUAUCCUAAGGCAUAGCAAUCGUAAAAAUUUUGUCUUGCGUGUAAGUAUGAAUCCCCUGUAUCUGUAUAUUUGUGUGAGUAUUCCUGCUGUGCAAAUGAGUCUGGGCAAUCGAAAAACACUCGAAGAGUAGAGAAUAAGCCAGAAGCUAUUAAAGAUUUAAGAGUUUUGUUAUGAGACUGACCGGUCCGCCGCGGCCUCCAGUUUGCAAUUACCGUACCUUUAUACCACGUGUCGUGUCUAUACCGAGGAACAGAUUAAAAACAAAAGUAAUUAUCAGCUAAAGAAAAAAAGUCGUGUUUAGCGGAUUAGAACUCGUAGAUUUAAAGCAAAAUACAAACAAUAUUAUGUGUCGUGCGUGCAUGCGUGUGCCGAGAAUGAGUCACUGAGAGAAAGUUAUUAGGCGAGGGAUGAAGCCGACAAAACGCUGUAAAUAGUAGUCUCUAAGGCUAGGUCAUAACUAGGCGCGAGUGGCGAAAGUUUCGAAGAAAGCGAGAAAUAAUCGCGGCGGGCCGCCGCCAAUGUGUUGUUGAGACGCCCGCCCCGCCCCCGUUUCCAUUUAUCCAAGCACCACCAUCCCCAUUUAUCUGAAAGGCAUAGGCAUCUUGCAAAGAAACCAUCCAAAAAAACCACAUCUUCCCUGCACUACUGCGCUUGCUCUUCUACGUAUUUAUUGUAUUCGGAGUCAUUCCUCAUUCGUUAUCGUCGCUUGUGAAACAACCCUUUGCGAAUUGUUUCCUCUCGUGGUUGUGCAGUGUGCACUCCCUGUAGUCAUUGUUCACAAGAAAUCCAAAAAAACCAACAAAGCAAUCCAUUUUUCUCUCCCUACAAACCAAUCAUGCAUCCGCCCGGACGUCUUGAAUAUUCCUGAGUAACCCAGCCCGCAGAAAUCUAGCGUUGAUAUUCGUAUACUGUUAUGCAUAAACUACACAUAAUGAUUAUUAUAGUAAACGAUACAUAAAGUAUGAUAUAUUUCUCUAUCCAUUAAGAAAGGAAAAUACAAACAGUUGUUGUUCCGGUGAAGUUGGGCAGAAAAGAUGUAUACACACCCACACUCAAAUUGACAUGUACGCAAUCAUACACCACAGUCAUUCACAUCAGCCAGGAAAUGUAAAAAUACUGUACAAGAAACUACAAAGCAGCCCCGCAUAUUGCCCAGUGAGCACGUCAUUUUGUACGCUUGGGAGUUGUGAGGUCGUCUGAAUAAACAUUGUCUGGUGAAUUAUAAA